CUCUUUGAUUGAUGUCCCCUCACCUCCCCGAGAUGGUUCUAGCACUACUGCGGGGGCUGAGGCUCCGUGUCGUCUUUUGCCAGGACUCAGGGUCUGUCAAUAUGUCCUGCUGUAGGUGAUGCCUCGGGGUCCAUGCUACAGGACAUGAGGUUGGCAUGGGAGAAACUUUGCGAUUUCGUGUCUAUCAUCAAAGCUCAAGAGGUGGCCUCUCGAGGUCCGAAGAGCGUGGUCAACGCCAUUGUAGAGGGCUUUGUUUUGGUGGCUGUUGCCCUGCCCUGCUUGUUUAAUAACACCUUAAAGAUUAGGGAGACAGUUGAUGGUCAGGCAAUGAAGAGGCAGACACAUGAGGCCGCUGAGGAGUGGCUUAGGCUUGAGCGACAAGCACGAGAAGAUACCACGGAGCUUGCACUACAUGCACGAAAGGAUGCCGCAAAGCAACUGAGACUUGAGCUUCAGGCAAGAGAGGAUGCCACACAGGAGUUGAGGCUGACCUUCAUGUAGCACUUGAGAGAGCUACCAGGGCAGAAGUGGAGAUGAGGAGGACAAGGGUUGCUGCUGAGAGAACUAGGGUCAGUGCCUUCAUUGCGGGUACGAUGAGCUUAGGAGGAAGGUGUUAGCAGCAUUCCUUGUCUAUAACUUUUCUUGCUUUCAAUCUUACGAGCCCCCGGAGAUCGAUGAGGAGGAUGCCAGCAAUGGGAGCAGAGGCAAUGA